ACCCUGAUUCGCCGGCAAUUUACCAGAUUGACUGGGGUAUAGUUAGCUUCCCAAAAAUACCUACCUGCAGCCUUUGCUUUGUAUGGAAGCAGUUAGCAUCAGGCAGACGGACUGCGUAGCCCUGAGGUCUCUCCUUGCUCUAGGUUCAUGACACGUCGCACCGGAGAUGAUGAGGUCCAUUAUUGUGCUGUCGCUGUUGUUGCUGAAUAUACAUCAUGUCGUAUCAGCAUCUAAAGGAGUUACUGCCAGUCUGCAAGCAAAAUGGGACAUGACGCCUUUCCUCCUGGAGACCAGUGAAUUUAUUGGGGAAGAUGGGAACGAACAUUUCUGGCAGUUUGUUGACACGGUGAAAGAGCUCAAAGUGUACAAGCAAGGAGAGUCUGUGCGCUCGUACUAUAACUUGAUUAUUAAGAAGGCUGGCCAGUUCCUUACAGAUCUUCAACUUAAUCUUCUAAAAUUUGCUCUGGCCCUGCGGUCUUACUCUCCAGCUGUUCAUGCAUCCCAUCAGAUAGCCAGUGAUGAGCCUCCGCCUGAGGCUUGCCCUGCCUUUGUGUCCGUCCAUGGUCAGCAUAGCUGCAGCACCAAGGACAUCAAGAAGCUCCUGAAGGCAGCUGCAGGCAGGCCAAAACCAUAUUUAUACAAGACUGAUCACACACAUCCAGGAGUCAAUAAAACAGAUGUGCCAGUUGUGAUUCUGUAUGCUGAGAUUGGGACCAAGAAGUUUGUCUCUUUUCAUAAGGUGCUCUCUGAGAAAGCUCAGCAGGGUACACUUAUUUAUGUGCUGCGGCAUUUUGUAGCGGAUCCUAAACCUCAAAAGAUGCUUUUAUCUGGCUAUAGUGUUGAGUUGGCUAUCAAAAGCACAGAAUACAAAGCUGUUGAUGACACCAAAGUAAAAGAUCCAAAGACAGGUGUAAAUACAGAGGAUGGUGAUAGUGAUGUACAAGGAUUCUUUUUUGGAACGUUAAAGAAAUCUCACCCUGAACUGCGUGAGCAACUUGGAGAGCUUCACAAACAUCUUCUGGAGAGCACCAAUGAUAUGGCUCCUCUUAAAGUGUGGGAAAUGCAAGAUCUAAGUUUCCAAGCAGCUGCCAAAAUCAUGUCCGUGCCAAAGUUUGAUGCCUUAAAGGUCAUGCGAGACCUUAGUCAGAACUUUCCAAGCAAAGCCAGAUCACUGACAAGAGUGGCUGUAAAGCAGGAAAUGAGAAAAGAAAUUGAGGCGAACCAAAAGCAUCUUAGUGAGACAGUUGGUGUUCACGUGGGAGAUGGAGAGCUCUUCAUCAAUGGACUGCACAUUGAUCUGGACGUUCACAACCCUUUUAGCAUUUUAGACAUCCUCAGAGGAGAGGCCAGGGUCUUGGAGGGUCUUCAUAACCUAGGCAUAAAAGGAGAACAUCAGGGCAAGCUGUUGAGGUUACCUGUGAACACUGUGGAUGACAAGUAUGCCUUAGAUAUCAGACAUCCAUCUAUCAUGUGGAUAAAUGACAUAGAGAAUGACCCAAUGUACCGCAGCUGGCCAACAGGUGUACAGGAGCUCCUCAGAGCAACCUUUCCUGGUGUCAUCCGACAGAUCCGACGCAAUUUCUUCAACUUGGUGCUUUUCCUAGAUCCAAUACAAGAAGAAACUGUCGAGCUGGUAAAGCUAGCAGAGCUUUUCUACAAGCACAAGAUCCCCCUGAGAAUUGGAUUUGUGUUCGUCAUCAACACCAAGGAUGAGAUUGAUGGCUUCUCAGAUGCAGGGAUUGGGUUGUACCGAUUAGUGAAUUACAUUGCAGACGAGUAUGAUUUAUCCCAGGCUCUGAUGUCCAUGAUCUCACUGUACAGCAAAAUAGAUGUUGGGGAGUUGCUGACUGUUGAUGCACUCACAAGUUUCCUGAAGAGAAAAUUUCCAAGUGCCAAUGCUAAAAGGAUUCUAGGUGCAGAGUCGGAGUAUGAUUACACAAGGAAGGAUGGUGCUCUGUUCUACAAAAAGAGUGGCCUAGGUGCUUUCCCUCUGGCUUUAUUUAAUGGAGUCCCUCUGAGCCCAGAUGAGAUGGACCCAGAUGAGCUUGAGACCAUCAUCCUACAGCGCAUAAUGGACACCACCACCACCUUCCAGAGAGCUGUCUAUAUGGGUCAGUUAACUGAGGGCUCAGAUGUGGUGGAAUAUCUAAUGGAGCAGGCCAAUGUUGUCCCCAGGAUGAACCCACUGAUUUUAAACACAGACAGAAAGUACCUUGACUUCACUGCCACACCAGUUGUAGACGAUUGGGAGGACACAGAUGUGUUUUCAUUCUUGGAUUCCAGAGACAAGACAGCUAUAGUGGCAAAGAGAAUGAAAUACUUUACAAAUAAGGAUGGGGAUGGAAUGAGUCCUGCGACUAUGUGGAUAGUUGGGGAUUUUGAGAGGGCCUCAGGAAGAAAGCUGUUGCUCAAUGCUCUGAAACAUAUGAAAGCCAGCCGAGGAGUGCGUGUUGGAGUGAUAGAUAACCCCAGUGGAAAGCCUAGCAAAGAUAAAAUGGUGCUGUACCGGGCUAUCUGGGCCUCUUUCGUCACCCAGAAGACCAAGGCUACACUAGAGUUUGUGCAAAAACUCCUGAAAGAAGAAAGUAGCCAGCUCCUCCAGAAGGGAACCAAGAUGAAGGAGUUACUGAUGCAGGGCAUGGAUGCCGAUGCCUUCGAGAAAAAGUUCAACACCUUGGAAGUAGAUUUUAUCCGCAGUCAACAGUUGUUCUGUCGAGAUGUCAUGAGACUGAGUCCUGGAGAGCGGGCAGUGGUCAGCAACGGCAGGAUCCUUGGUCCGUUUGAGGAGCUGGAAGAAUUCACUGUGGAGGAUUUCCAAUUGCUGGAGAAAAUUACACUGAGUGGUUCUGCAGAGAAAGUCAAAGCCAGAGUGAUACAGAUGGAGCUGAAGCCGAAGCAGGCCAGUGACUUAGUCAUGAAAGUUGACGCCCUGUUAACUGCUGCCCCAAAAGGAGAAGUCAGGAGGGAUGUCCACUUUAUCAAAGACAGCCACAGUAUCCUGCAUCUCUCACCACGUGAACAUGAAGUGUGCUAUGAUGUGGUGGCUAUCGUCGAUCCCCUCAGUAGGGAGGCACAGAAGAUGUCCUCUCUGUUGAUUGUGCUCAGUCAAGUGGUCAAUGUGAGACUGCAGGUGUUUAUGAAUUGUAGGGCCAAGUUGUCCGAGAUGCCCCUCAAGAGCUUUUACCGCUUUGUCUUGGAGUCGGAUGUGCUUUUCUUAGCCAAUGACACAGUGUCUCCAGGACCGGUUGCUCGCUUUAUGGACCUCCCAGAAUCUCCACUUCUCACCCUUAAUAUGAUCACACCAGAGAGCUGGAUGGUGCAGGCAGUGCGCAGUCCUCAUGACUUGGACAACAUCCACCUGCAGGAGGUGAAUGGGGUUGUGAUGGCAGAGUAUGAACUGGAGCACCUUUUGCUGGAGGGUCACUGCUUUGACCUGUCAACUGGCCAGCCUCCCCGUGGACUCCAGUUUACACUGGGCAUGAGUCGAGACCCACUCAUGUAUGACACUAUUGUCAUGGCUAACCUGGGAUAUUUCCAGCUGAAAGCCAAUCCUGGUGCUUGGAUCCUGAAGUUACGAAAAGGGAGAUCAGAGGACAUCUAUCAGGUUCUCGCACACGAUGGAACUGAUUCCCCUGCAGAUGCUGGUGACGUUAUAGUUGUGCUGAACAGUUUCCACAGUAAGAUUAUCAAAGUCAGAGUGCAGAAAAAGGCUGAUAAAAUCAACGAAGAUCUUUUAAGUGAAACGAGUGAAAGUAAAGGCAUAUGGGACUCCAUAGCCAGUGUUUGGAGCACUUUUGAGAAAAGCAUCACAGGUGGUGGCUCCAAGAAGGAUGCUGGAGAGAAGAAGAAAGAAGAUGUUCUAAACAUAUUCUCUGUUGCCUCGGGCCAUCUGUAUGAGCGCUUUCUUAGAAUAAUGAUGCUGUCUGUCCUUCGACAUACUAAAACACCUGUCAAGUUCUGGUUCCUGAAGAAUUACCUAUCGCCAUCUUUCAAGGAGACCAUCUCUCAGAUGGCAGAGUCUUACGGCUUUCAGUAUGAAUUGGUGCAGUACAAGUGGCCCCGGUGGCUUCACCAGCAGACAGAGAAGCAGCGCAUUAUCUGGGGAUACAAGAUCCUAUUCUUGGAUGUUCUGUUCCCCUUGGCUGUGGAGAAGAUUAUCUUUGUUGACGCCGACCAGAUUGUCCGGGCUGAUCUGAAGGAGCUGAGGGAUUUAGAUCUGGAGGGCGCUCCUUAUGGCUACACGCCAUUCUGUGACAGCCGCAGAGAGAUGGAAGGCUAUCGCUUCUGGAAAACGGGCUACUGGGCCUCACAUCUGGCACACAGGAAGUACCACAUCAGCGCUCUGUAUGUGGUGGAUUUGAAGAAGUUCCGUAAAAUUGCAGCGGGCGACAGAUUACGAGGCCAGUACCAAGCCUUGAGCCAAGAUCCCAACAGUCUGUCCAACCUGGACCAGGAUCUUCCGAACAACAUGAUCCACCAGGUGGCCAUCAAGUCGCUUCCUCAGGAGUGGCUGUGGUGUGAGACGUGGUGUGACGACACCUCCAAAGUCAUGGCGAAGACCAUAGACCUGUGCAAUAACCCAAAGACCAAGGAGCCCAAGCUCACAGCGGCGGCGAGGAUUGUGCCCGAAUGGAUCGAGUACGACAACGAGAUAAAGCAGCUACUGAGAGGUGUCCAGGAACAGGGGAUUGCAGCCAAAGACAAACAGAAAGCCUCCACUUCUAAGCAUAUACCAGAUGAACUGUAGUGUCUGCCAGCGCGAUCACGGAGAGGAAAGAGUUCCAGCACAGUUUUUGCACACAGGUCACCUGUGAAGCUUCAUCUAAAGCAGAGCCCACGGAGUGUUAACGUCCCCAGCUGCACAAGGACGCUGCAGUGGUUUCCGAGAUGCCAUAACUGCCUCUGCAGUCCAUACGUCUUACAAAAAAAAAAAUCACAACCUGUGAUGUGUGUUCUCUGUCGGCUGUGAACUCCUGGUGCACUAUCAGCAUUAAAGUCGGGCCUCAGUGAACACAGAGUAAAAAGGUCAGACAAACCAUUCCUUUCAGCGCGUGUGUGUGUGUAUUAGGAAAUAAGAGUUGGCAUAUGUUGCACUGAUAUUGUAUGCAAAUAAACAUGGAAAGGGCACAUUAUCGAGAAUCAUAUCUCAAAUAAAAUUGGAACUUUCAUUUUAAUGUGCUGCUCGUUCAGAAAGCCCAUAUGUUUAUUCUUAAUUUGACUUUGACGUGAAAACUUAAUUUUUCUUGUUGGCUGAAAUACCCAAAACAAAGUCAUUUUUCACUUACGGCUAUAUCUGUAGCUGUUGAGUUAACAUCUGAAUCAACCAUGGUUUUCGUUGAAUGGAUGUUUGAUCAAAUGUCGGCAAUGCAAACAAUGUCAUUUGACACCAUAUCAAAUAUGAUUUCUCAGCUGAUCAGGCAAAAAAAAAAAAAUCAUCAUUUGUACAGUACAUAUCAUGGUUUAUGUGAAGAAUACAGGAUUUGUAUUUAUUUUUUUUUUAUUAUCUGGCGUUACUUUUAGAAAAAAAAUAAAUUCAGUAUUUAAAUUCCCUAAUGGUCAGGUGUUUUGUCUCAGGAAUAAGAUGGGUGUUGCUGCUCGAUGAAGCCUGUAGCAUUCUUUUUCUGACUAAUGAAUACAAAAAAUGGCUGCAGGAAUUCUGGUCCAAUAGCACCCAUCUUCCACUGUGCUGUGACUAAUUGUUUAUAUUCUUAUGUGGUGGAAAAAAAUAAAUUUGUUUCAUACAAAA